AUGCAUAUAUCACUUUGUUUCGUGUUUCAGAAGACACGGUCUCACAUUAAUAUCGAGGGCGUAAAAAUCUUUUCUACUCCAAGAAAGCUCACUCGUUCACUUCAGGAUCCAGAUGGUAUGAUCUCAGACUUCUCCGAGAGACAAACUAGAAGGUUCGGAAGUCCAUUCUCAAGUAAAUUUGAGUGGACUCCUACAUCAAGGCAUGAACAAAAUGACCUUGCUCAGGGCAUAACUGUAACAUCGAAAGAGGUGAAAACUUCUCUUCUGGAUGGGAACAGUUUCAUGGUAAAUCAGAAUCAGUAUCCUCAACAGGAAACGUGCUUCAUUCACAAGUGUCUCCAGAGGUAG